AAGUCGGCUGAUUAAAGUUAAAUAUCUAACGAAUGGAGGGGAGUCUGGUGGAGACCCGAUGUUUGAAUCGCUAAAGAACACGAUCAAGUCGUUGGCUACCGUUGAUGCUACAGAAGAGCAGAUUCAAAAGACACUAAAGGAGAUAGCUAAAUUAUUCGGCAAUACGGAUGCCACGAUUUCUAGCUUUGAGUUGCUGAAAAGUGGUCUCCUUGAUGGUCUCCUUGAAUUCACAACGGCCACAGAUCGGACAGGAUAUGCUACACCAUCUUCCCAGACCCCUCUUGCUGUGCUAGUGAAGCGCCUGCAAGAAAGUUUGACAAGAAUGGAAUCUUUUGAUGUGGUAACCACCUCUCCGGGCUCUGUAGACGAUGCAAAGAGAUCCUCGAUGUCUCUUAUCAGUCGAACCUUACGAUUGAAGCUGACGGCCGAGGAACCUGCGGAUGUUCCAAAAUCUUGUCAAAACUUGAUGGUUUCUAUCCAUGCUAUUGCUCCUUUCUCUGCUCUGGACGAUUAUCUCAAACCGAGAAUCGCUGGCAUCUUACCGUUUAGAAGCGACAUGUCUCAAGGAUUACUUCAAGCUCUGACCGGCAACGCGAUACAUCCGUCAGUCCUGACACAAUCGAUGCUGGCUCGUCUCACGGGACGUCCCGCUAGUGUACCAAAUGAGUCAACAACAUCCGGAAACGACACUCUCGGGGGGUUAUUAGAGUCUCUCAGAGGAACGAUAUCUCAAAGCGCGACACCAUCCAGCUCUGCACCACCGAGUGCAACUUCCACACUGCCUAUUCCUAUACCUAGCCGACGUAAUACAGAUGAUUCUAGCUCGGCGAUGCCACCACCCAGUCUCCCAGAAACACCUACAAGUGAUGAAAGGACGAUUACACGCCGCCGUAGUCUCCGUCUGAGAGGCCAGCCUCCGUCAAAUAUUGACGAGUCGCAAUCGAAUAAUGAGCCCAUAGCUUCAACCUCAGCGCCUGCCUCAACGAGAACCUUUGCCUCAAGCGGGCGUUCUAACUUGACAUCGUCUCUACUCAGACAGUUAUUGGUGGAUAGCAGUAAUGAUGAAGGAGCAGAAAGAACUCCAGGCAAUGAGGAAGAAGAUGGAGCCACGGAACGGGCAUUCAACCUCGCGUUUGACUCCGCGGAUGGAAAUUUAACAGCAUCUACCCCGCGUGGAACGCGAAUCGCGACGCCUAUGAAUAGCUCCACUCCUAAUAUUGAGGUGCCCAUUGCUCUAGCCGCCCGUAGUGGCAAUAAGACACCAGGGACUCCUCAAUCAAAGCUGUCGUAUGCUGGCGCAGCCCUUUCUGCUAUAGAUAAGGCUACCGAUUUUUAUCUCGAAUUCCGCAUUAACGACGAGGUCAUACCUAUGGAUAUGACCGUCUAUGGUGCAUGCCACCGACUUGAAACUCGCCGUGUUACAGAGGAAGGGCCAAAUCCCCAUGCUGUCUGGAACAAUAGCUAUACCAUUACGUAUCGUAAGGUCCAGGGCAAGCGUCCGUCGUCAGAAUCCAACAAAGAUGAUAUGCCUAUGGAAACGGAUGUGGUCGCUGGAUUAGCAGCUGAAGAUCCCUCUUCCAAGAUCUUGAGACUUCUUCGUGUUCUUCACCGUCUCAAUACUGAUGGAAUCGAACAUGCCGGCUCACAUCUAAAGAUCGUUACGAUACCAGAUUCAGCAUUCAUUAACAACAAGUUGACCGCUAAGCUCGCAAGACAAUUAGAAGAAAUUAUGAUUCUGGCUAGCACCUCCUUUGGCUACGCGCGCUUGCUCAACAGGGUCAUUUCUCAAUAUCCACGUGAUGUACCCAACAAUAACCGAAGAGAGGGAUUGGAGCAGUAUGGUCGUCUCCAAAGGAAAAAAAUUGAAGUACCUCGUGACUCGCCGAUGCAAGUUGCACUAAAGGUCUUUGACCUGUUUGGUGCCUCUUCUUCCGUUCUGGACAUUCAUUUCCAAGGGGAGGUUGGGACUGGUCUUGGGCCAACCUUGGAGUUCUUUGCGUCAGUUUCCAAAGAAUUUGCGUGGAAAGAUUUGAAACUCUGGAGAGACGCGGAUAGUACACUACCCGGCAAAUAUGUUCAUCAUCCAUUUGGCCUUUUCCCUUCCCCAAUGCUGAACGAGGUCGUCGAUGGUCCCACGGCCACAGAAAGAGACAG